AUGCUAUAAAAUUGGGUUGUGAUAGUAGCUGUACAACUAUAAAUGUAAUAAAAUUCAUUGAGUAAAAAAAAGAAAGCAUGGUAUCCAGAUGAUGCCAAAGAUCCUCAUCUCUCCUGCUUCUAAAAGACAGUCUCUCAGGAUGUCCUCCCUCCCAGAUGACCUGACUGAGCUCCAGCUGAGUGGGUUCUGCUGCAGUGAUCUCUUUUUACCCCGUUCAGUUCUCAAUUCUUUUUCUUUCUUUCUUUCCAUUCUGGUCUAAGAUUAGAGAUGCAGCACACUAGCUUUCUAGAGAUGAUUUCUCCUAGAAUCCUGCUUAACGAACCUUCCAGUUGCUCAACUGACUUGCCUGAUGUGUGAUCCUUACAGGAUGUUACAGGGAAGCAUCACUGUUUUAGGCCCAUUUAGUUAGGACAUGGGAUCAUCUGGACUGGGCAGAGUUUGAUUAUUUAUACAUUAUGAACAAAGGGGUUUGCCAAGUAAAUAAAUACUCUGUUAAGUAAGAUUUCAAGGAUACCUAACCUAAUUAUGGAGAAAGUGAGGUGUUUUUUGUUUAUUUUUUUAAGUAGGUUCCAGGGUACUUUUAAAAGAUAAAUUGUAUCUAUUAAUGAAAGCAGCCUAGUAGGGAGCUUUUAAUUGUUAAAUUUUUUAAAGCAAGUAAGAAAAAAAAUGAGUUCUCUGGUGGCUCAGCAGGUUAAGGAUCAGAUGUUGACACUGCCAUAGCUCUGGUUACUACUGUGGUGCAAGUUUAGUCCCUGCCCAGGAACUUCCACAUGCCACGGGCACAGCCAAAAAGUAAAUUAAUAAAGCAAGUAAGACAUGAAUGCAGUCUCAUUAAAAAAAAAAAAAAAAGACAGAAGUAGCUAAAAUUAAAAGAAUGUGUCCCAUUUUACCAACCAAAUGUUUGUAGCUACCUUUUUGUAUGCAUUUACAUAUAUAUAUGUAAAUAAUGAUAUAUAGUUCUGUUUUAUGAUCCUAAAAAACAGGAUUAACUUAAUCUGUAAUUAGCUCUCAUAGCAUUAUGCCUUGGAGAGUAUCCUAUGACAAGGGACAUAAGUCUACUUCAUUCUUUUUAACAGCUGUAUAAUGUUGCAUAUCAUGGCUGUGCUAUGAUUUACUUACUCAUCUUCUUGCUGCUGGAUAUUUAGAUUAUUUGUAUUCUUUGUCGUAACAAUGCAGCAGUAUCUGUCUUUAUUCAAAUCUUUAUGUCCUUGCACAAGUUUCUUCCAAUAUGAUUUCUGUCAGUAAAUUCUUUGUUAGCAGUUGGCGUCAAUGUUUGUACUUGGAGAUAACAAAAAUAUUUUUCUUUAGAAAUACUCAAUUUUCUUGCAAACUAUGAUGCCUUUUCUAUAAAUAGUUAAGCUUGUGACAUCCUCUGUGGAGCAUUCCAUGUAGCCACUGUAUGGGGGUGUUGUCAGCAGUUUUAUUAUGAACUCUUGCCAAAGGCAGUGUCCAGGAAAGAGCCUUCAUAGCACAGAAGUAGAAAUUAGCUCUUGGUUCUUUUUUCUUCCUUCUUAUCCUAACACAGAGUUAGAGGUUUUACAGCAUGGCUUAUAUAGUCAUGUCAACAGCCCUGGUAAAGCAUGAAUACAUUCUCGUUUUUUUUUAAUAUGACAAAAUAGAAAUAAUAUAUAGGAUCUAGAACAAAGGGAAGGCCCCCUUUUAUUCUAUAAAAAUAAUCUGAGAAAACAGGAGCCCCUCACUUCCUUUACGGUAUGUUUGUCGUUUCCUCUGUGUACUUCUCUCUGUGUCUCUCUCCUUUUUUCUUUCUGCAUGAAUUGUAACAUUUCUUUCUGGGGCUGUUGCCUGGAUUAAAGCCAGGGAGAAGUGUGUGGCUGUGUAUAGCAACUAUUUUGUACCUCUGACACAAGAAGGAGAGGAAAAGUAACAGGGGUACACUUUGGCCACCACAUUCCUUCUCUUACAACAGCCUAAGGGGAUAUUUAUGGGAUUUCAAUGCCAAGCUUUUCCACUGAAAUGACCUCUCUAAUAUUUAAAUGCUGAUUUGUGUUUUCUUUCCAGGAUCUAAUAUGGUCUCCAAAGAUAGAAAAAGUCUUAUCUUUAUAUUUCUAUUCUUUUUUUCUAUCUAAUUUUAGUGCUUAAGUAAAAACAAGAAACAAUCUAAAUCACUCAAAGGUAUCAGACCAGCAGGAUGUCUUGGAAAAAAGAGAAAAAUCUUCUGAAUAAAAAGGCAAGAGAAGGCCCAAAUGUCCAUCAAUAGGAGCAGGAAAAUUCAGAUUCGAAACAUCCCUCCUCACCUGCAGUGGGAGGUAUUGGAUGGACUUUUGGCUCAGUAUGGGACAGUGGAGAAUGUGGAACAAGUCAACACAGACACAGAAACUGCUGUUGUCAACGUCACAUAUGCAACAAGAGAAGAAGCAAAAACAGCCAUCGAGAAGCUAAGCGGGCAUCAGUUUGAGAACUACUCCUUCAAGAUUUCCUACAUCCCGGAUGAAGAGGUGAGCUCCCCUUCGCCCCCUCAGCGAGCCCAGCGUGGGGACCACUCUUCCCGGGAGCAAGGCCAUGCCCCUGGGGGCUCUUCUCAGGCCAGACAGAUUGAUUUCCCGCUGCGGAUCCUGGUCCCCACCCAGUUUGUUGGUGCCAUCAUCGGAAAGGAGGGCUUGACCAUAAAGAACAUCACUAAGCAGACCCAGUCCCGGGUAGACAUCCAUAGAAAGGAGAACUCUGGGGCUGCAGAGAAGCCUGUCACCAUCCAUGCCACCCCAGAGGGGACCUCUGAAGCAUGCCGCAUGAUUCUUGAAAUCAUGCAGAAAGAGGCCGAUGAGACCAAACUAGCUGAAGAGAUUCCUCUGAAGAUCUUGGCCCACAAUGGCUUGGUUGGAAGACUGAUUGGAAAAGAAGGCAGAAAUUUGAAGAAAAUUGAACAUGAGACAGGGACCAAGAUAACAAUCUCAUCCUUGCAGGAUUUGAGCAUAUACAACCCUGAAAGAACCAUCACUGUGAAGGGCACAGUUGAGGCCUGUGCCAAUGCUGAAAUAGAGAUUAUGAAGAAGCUGCGUGAGGCCUUUGAAAAUGAUAUGCUGGCUGUUAAUCAACAAGCCAAUCUGAUCCCGGGGUUGAACCUCAGCGCGCUUGGCAUCUUUUCAACAGGACUGUCCGUGCUGCCUCCACCAGCAGGGCCCCGAGGAGCUCCCCCCGCUCCCCCCUACCACCCUUUCGCUACCCACUCCGGAUACUUCUCCAGCUUGUACCCCCCUCACCAGUUCGGCCCGUUCCCUCAUCAUCACUCUUAUCCAGAGCAGGAGAUCGUGAACCUCUUCAUCCCCACCCAGGCCGUGGGUGCCAUCAUCGGGAAGAAAGGAGCGCACAUUAAACAGUUGGCCAGAUUCGCUGGGGCCUCCAUCAAGAUCGCCCCAGCAGAAGGCCCAGACGUCAGCGAAAGAAUGGUCAUCAUCACCGGCCCACCUGAAGCCCAGUUCAAGGCCCAGGGUCGCAUCUUUGGGAAACUGAAAGAAGAAAACUUCUUUAACCCCAAAGAAGAGGUGAAGCUGGAAGCCCACAUCCGAGUGCCCUCUUCUACAGCCGGCCGUGUGAUUGGCAAGGGCGGCAAAACCGUGAAUGAACUGCAGAACUUAACCAGUGCAGAAGUCAUCGUGCCUCGUGACCAAACGCCAGAUGAAAAUGAGGAAGUGAUUGUCAGAAUUAUCGGGCAUUUCUUUGCCAGCCAGACUGCACAGCGCAAGAUCAGGGAAAUUGUACAACAGGUGAAGCAGCAGGAGCAGAAAUAUCCUCAGGGAGUCGCCUCACAGCGCAGCAAGUGAGGCUCCCACAGGCACCAGCAAACAACGGAUGAAUGUAGCCCUUCCAACACCUGACAGAAUGAGACCAAACACAGCCAGCCAGAUCGGGAGCAAACCAAAGACCAUCCUGAGGAAUGAGAAGUCUGUGGAGGCGCCAGGGGCUCUGCAGAGGCCCUGAGAAUCCCGGGGGGCCAGGAGGGAGGCGAGAGGGUGGCCCUGGGUGGCCCAGCCUCCCGCUUCCAGCCUCCCCCCGGGCCUCUGCAGGCUUCCCAGCCAUGCACCUCACCAUCCACUCGGAUCUCCUUAACUCCCACCACGCUAUCCCUUUUAGUUGAACUAACAUAGGUGAACGAACGUGUUCAAAGCAAAGCAAAAUUCACACCCUUUUCUUUUUGUGGAAAAGUGUCUCUGUACAUGUAUGUACAUAUUAGAAGGGGAAAGAUGUUAAGAUAUGUGGCCUGUGGGUUACACAGGGUGCCUGCAGCGUUAAUAUAUUUUAGAAAUAAUAUAUCAAAUAACUCCACUAACUCCAACUUUUAAUCAAUUAUUAAUUCUUUUUUCUUUUCAAAGAGAAAGCAGGCUUUUCUAGACUUUAAAGUAUAAAGUCGUUCUUUGGGAGGUCUAAUGGUUUAGUAAGGAGCUUCAAGACCACCCGCACAAAAUUCACCCAGAGGGAAAUCGCGUCGAAAGGACACUCACAGCAGUUCUGGAUCACCUGUGUAUGUCAACAGAAGGGAUACCGUCUCUCUGAAGAGGAAACUCUGUCUCUCUUCAUCCCUUUCUAGCUCACACACCCAUUUCUCUUUGCUUCACAGGUUUUAAACUGGUUUUUGCAUACUGCUAUAUAAUUCUCUGUCUCUCUCUGUUUAUCUCUCCCUCCCCGUCUUCUCCAUCCCCAUUCUCUUUAAUUCCCUCGUCCCUCUGUCUCCAUCCCCACAUCUACGCACCCCCAGGCAAAGCAGUGCUCUGAGUAUCACAUCACACAAAAGGAACAAAAGCGAAACACACAAACCAGCCUCAACUUACACUUGGUUACUCAAAAGAACAAGAGUCAAUGGUACUUGUCCUAGCAUUUUGGAAGAGGAAAACAGGAACCCAACCAACCAACCAACCAAACAAAGAAAAAUUCCACAAAGAAAGAAUGUAUUUUGUCUUUUUACAUUUUGGUGUAUAAGCCAUCAAUAUUCAGCGAAAUGAUUUCUUUCUUUAAAAAAAAAUAUGGAGGAAAGUAGCAAUUUACACGAGGUCGUUGGCCCAGGGCGUUAAAUUUACAGAUUUUUUUAACGAGAAAAACACACAAAAAAAGCUACCUCAGGUGUUUUUUACCUCAGCACCUUGCUCUUGUGUUUCCCUUAGAGAUUUUGUAAAACUGAUAGUUGGAGCAUUUUUUUAUUUUUUUAAUAAAAAUGAGUUGGAAAAAAAAUAUCAACUGCCAGCCUGGAGAAGGUGACAGUCCAAGUGUGCAACAGCUGUUCUGAAUUGUCUUCCGCUAGCCAAGAACCUAUAUGGCCUUCUUUUGGACAAACCUUGAAAAUGCUUAUUAAAAAAAAAAAAAAAAAAAAAAAAAAAAUGACAAAGAAAAACAGAGAGAGAAAGUAUUGGAGAUAUCCUGAAUUUCCAUAGGGUACGCGCCAUUAGGGCUUUUUGCGCUAAAGGAUGAACAUGUACUGGUUUAUGUGAACAAGCCAUUUUACCACCAGACUGCAAUGCCAGUUUCCUCUACUGCAAACAGUGUUCUGUGACAAAAACAAAAACAAACAAACAAAAAAAGAAAUAUAUCCAGCUAACAAGA